GUUCCCGCCAAAUCCAUUUGGCGCGGUCUUUACAUUCCACUGCCUCUUAUUUCACAGGCGAACCCUACUCUCUCUAUAUCCAUUGAUUGCUGAAGCUUCGAGUUGAAGCGCCAACUCCACAUCUUCUUCUCUCUCUCUCUGUGGAUCUAGCCCUCAAUUCCAGAAAAAAGCAUUGCAAUUCUGUAUGCAUUGACAAGGGCAAAAGUUUCACAUUCAUCUAAUGGAGUUACGGAGUUACAGUCAUUUGCAUCUUAUCCAGGCCAUUAAAGGUGGUCAAGUGAUAAAAACCUUGAAUGUUAGGCCUGGGAGGCCUGCACUCACCUUUAAGGAAGUCAAAGAAAUAUACCAAACUGAAGUUGCUAAACAUCAUGAUUCAAUUCCACAAGAAGAUGUAUCUGAAUGUUCUCAAGUCAACCCUAACAUGGUCAAGUCUGAAAGUCCAUGCCUACUUAGGUCAGAGAGAAGAACAAUCAGAGUAGAUGCUUCUGAGUUUAAUCACAGCAGUGCCGAUGAAGAAAGUGAAACUGACUUGGAUGAUCUUAGCUUUGUUAACAUGACACUGAAAGAGUUUAAGGAGAGCUGCAAAUCAAGGAAGAGGAAAGGUCCUAAACAUGUAGAUAUAAGUGAAGGAUUUUUUGAGAAUUCUUUCCCUCUAAAACAAGAAGACACCAAUGUCAAUCUUGAAACUGAUGAAGAUGACCUCAAGGAGCUUCUCAGUAGUUGGAAAUGUAAAGUUACAAAGAACAAGAAGCGAAAGAAGAAGCACAUUGAAAGCCAUAUAUUGACUUCAUCUCAAAGUGCCAUAGUUAUAGUAAAACCCCAGAAGGUUCUCACUGAUGGAAAUUUCUGGCAGCCAAGUGGCUAUAAAUCUGUGCCUAUUGACAUUAAGAUGGAGGUUGAUGAGUCUGAUAACUUAAAUUGCCAAACCAUGAUCUGUGGUGCUGCUGAUUCUUCUCACAAUUGUAACAAGCAAGUGGAUUAUUGUGGAGUGGUAAUCGAUGAAUUACAUGAAACACCUGGUGAGUGUGUUCUUGAGACUAAUGAGUCAACAUCUUUAAGAAAUGAACAGCCUUGUGUUUUAAAUGAAGAAUCCAAUGAAUAUAUAGAGUUCACUAAUCCCACACCUUUUUCUGACAUAAGGGUCUCUGGUUGGGAGAUCAUGGCUGUGGAUAUUCCACAAAUAAUCAGUUACCAGUGUCCAGGUUUUCCAGUGACAGAAAAUGUGAAUGAAGGAUAUAUUAUCCACUCACCUCUUGACAAUGUCUCUCCAGAACCAAUCUUGAUGUUCAAUGAUCACAACUUCGAUAUAUAUCAUGACUCUGAAAGUCAUUCUUCAAUCCAUGCGCUAUCAUGGCCAAGUAGCAGUGAUAGGCAGGUUCAAGUGCUUGAUAUGGCAAUUGAUAAUAGACUUCAGUGUAUGGAAAGCAUUGAUGUUGAUGGUGCAUUACUUUUUGAGGAUUGUAGAAGAGAUGGUUUGCCUUCUGACUUUGAAGCAAGCACUAUUAGCCCUUCUAGUGACUGUACCUCAUCUUGGAGUUCCAAUUCAUGUGUGGAUCUUAGUAGCUGUUCGGUUCCUGUUGCUGAUGAUUCACCUUUGGAAGAGAGGAAGCAACUCUCUUUGUCUGCCUGUGAUGUUGCAGCAAGAAAUUGCUCCGGAGCACUACAUCCCUUUGGUGCUUCUGAUGAGCUUACAACACCAUCAGGUUUAGGGGAUUAUCAUCAUCCAAAAGUGCAUUGUCCUCCUGAAAGGCUCCUUUCAAACAGAAAGGCUAUUUCUCCUACCUCUCAGGAGAGGCUAUGCAAGGCUAUGAAUUCCAUUGAUUUAGAGGACGACAAACAUUCUGUUUCAGAAUGCAGAGGGAAAUUGCUGUUUGAGAAGCAAGCUGAUAAUAAUGUCAUUAGAACUGAAGGAUGCAAUAAGACAACAAAUGCUGGAAUCACUAUCAACACGAAGCAAGUCCGUAGAAAACCUAAAUAUGAUAAGAAAGGGUCCCAUCCUAAGGGCAUUCUCAAAAGUCCUCAUCUUUCUAAUGCUGCAUCUAGUUUUAGCACUGGCUGCACUUCCAAACAGAGUUUAUCACAGAGUGCCAUUGCAUUCUCCCAGCGGCAGAUGCAGGAUAUUGAAUCUCUUGCAACUAAAUUGAUGUCAGAGUUGAGCUACAUGCAGGAUGUUGUGAAAGAAAUAUUGUCUUCUGAACCUUCUCCAGCUAUGCCACUGAAAUAUAAAAUGGAUAAGGUGACAAUGGCUGUUAAGAGUGCUAAUAAAACUGAAGAAACAGCUAGAAGAUGGCUUUCCAUAAUGAGCAGGGACUGCACUCGGUUCUGUAAAAUCAUGAAACUGAGCGAGGCAGGAAGUUGUGCUUCUGGAAAUAUAGUCAACAAGGAGAGGAAGAUUACUUUUGCUGAUGAGGCAGGUGGAAAGCUUUGCCAUGUCAAGGUGUUUAAGGAUGACAUGACUUCUGAGAUGGAGCAUACUGAUACAGAGAAAUAGCUGCCUAAUUGGAUAUUGACUCACUACUUGUACAUAACUUCUUUCUAUGACUUAUGCCUCAGUUUGAUGUGCUUACUACAAGUCGGGAAGUUGCUGAAGUCAUGGAGGUAUAACUUCUACAGUUUUAAACUUCUUCCCUGACUUGCAGACUGCAGAGAAGAACACAAAGUUCCUAAACCACAUACCAACGGAUUCCCGAGGUAUUGCAAUUAUUUGUUAUUGAUCCUGCCACUAUUUCCUCAAUAAACUCAACUCGUUGGUUGGAUGAAAUUCGAGGCACCUUGUAUUCUUUCUUCAUCAUAGUCAAUGUCAUUCUUUCAGCUUUUUGUUAUUGUUUUGCCUCAGACGACCGAAUCUAGUUAAGAAAUGUAAUUGUUUGUCUUAUAUCCCUAUAUUUUUGUGGACAAUAGUAAAAUUCUGUUAAAAGAUGCAGUUAAGUUUACUAAGCAAUAGUUGAUGGAUAA